GUUGAACUAGAAUACGACACAUGUCCCCAAACGAUGACCUUGCUCAACCCUGUUCUUGAUGCUAUAUGGUAAAGAGGUAGCCACUGAAAUCUGAUUUGAUGGAUGUCACGAAUAGUUGAUUCUACCAAUCUAUUGAAAUAGCUACCUUUCACAAAGCACAAAGACGAAGCUACACCUUUCAAAUUAUCGAAGAAAUCGAGACACUAUGUCAGCAAAUAUUGCUCCUCCAGCGGAGGCACGGCCAUCUCGCCUUACCUUCGGCGUUGAGAUGGAAUUCGUAGUUCCCUGGCUGCCUGAGGGCGGCGACGAUGCCCUCGAACAUAUUAAAGGUCUACCUCCGGUCCUUAGGCUAAAGAAGGCACCAAAGAAUGGAGACUCUGAAUCGGUGAUUUACGAGAUGAUCAAGGCUCUCUUCGAGGAACACAACCUUCCAGCCAAUGUUAAAACUUAUACGUAUAAGACCAAUUUUGUCAAGACAAUACUCGGUAGAUACAAUCAUUGGGGAGUUACGGACGACAUUACCGUCAAUGAACCCGUCGAAGCCAAGACCUUUGAUUGGGUUGAAAAGUUUCAGUGGGUGGGCGUCGAGGUUCAGACUCCUGUCGAGCCUGAUAUCCCUGCUGCUUUCGAGGUUCUUAAUUACGCUCGACAGCUUCUAACCUCGUCGUAUAGGUGUCGUGUUAACCAUUCCUGUGGACUUCACGUUCAUGUUGGAAACGGUGGCGAGUACUUUCCCCUCAACUCUCUGAGACGCAUUGCUUCACUGGUAUUUGCUACGGAGCAUUUGCUCACCACCCUCAAUCACCCCUGGCGGGUAGUAAACUGGAACUGUCGAACAUUGCGGGACAGGAGUAACUUGUCGAAUCGGUUAGACGGUCAAGCAGUGAGUGAUGGCCCAAUGCAUGAAACCGGAUCCGCAAGAGAUUGCAUCCGGUAUCUUGCUACAGAGGUCCGACACGGAGAGGAGCCUAUAUCCUGGAGAGAGCAGAAUCGAAGGAAUAAGUAUGUGGAUGAUUUCGAGGAACAUAGGAAUAAUAAUGGCUUUGAACCCUUCCAGCCAAAGCCAGAUCCUAAGGAUGGCGAAGAAGCACCAAAAAAGAAGAAAGCAGGAGGAAAAGAAGAAGCAAAUAAGAUAAUCAAAGCGUCCGACGAUCCGUUCAGCCAGUCUAUCGAGCCCAGCAAGCCCGUCCGCACACGAAACAUUCCAAGAAUCGUAAGACCGCGCUAUACCAAUGAGCAACUCGAAGACAUCACCGAAAAGGUAAGAGACUUCGGCUGCUCCGGCCUCGAGAUGGAGGGCCCACGUUCCCACCGAGCGCCAGACCCAGGCGUAUUCGCAGGCGUCCAGCAGAUCUACCAGAGCGCGAGCAGCUGCGAAAUCGCGCACCUCAUGUAUCCCCGAGGAGGAGCCAUGGUGAAUUUCCGGCACUACGCGUGCGAUUCAUUCGUGUAUCGCAACUCGGGGCGCACGAUCGAGUUCCGGGGAGCCGAGGGCAACCUCAGCUCCUGGGUGGUGGUCUGGGCGAAGAUUUGCGUGGGCCUGAUCAAGUUCGCCGUUCGAUCGCCGUACUACGAGUUCGCCCGCGUCCUGGAGAACUGCGAUGUUUCUACGGAUGAAGACGGCGCGUAUGACUGCAUCGACUUGCUUGAUGAUCUGGGACUCUACGCGGAGGCGGAGGCUGCUGAGAAGAGGAUCGCGGCGAAUAAGGCGGAAUGGGGGCUCGAGUACGUGGAGCCGGAGAAGGAGGCGGCUUGAAUAAUUACUAACCUAGUCUAACGUGCGGUAAUUAUCUUUUGAUUUCUCCUUUCUUUUCCAUUGAACUUGAUCUUUGGUUAGGAAGAGCACUUUAUUUGUUGUAGAACAUAUGGCCUAUUAUAUACUGGGGCUUUCAUUUUAAAAAACAUACUCUUUAUCUAGUUGCUUCCAACAUCUUAGAACAUUAGACAUAGUUAGUUCAAUUUUAAUAUCUUAGUAGCA